AUGCAUCUGUUAAACUCUGGUGGAUCAAUCUGCAGAAAAGAACAUCAACUUGCUGCGAAGAGUGACGUCUGUCAACAUGUAAUCCUUCGUCUGCCACUGGGAACCUUGCAGCAACGGCCAACCGCCCAGUUGCUCAAAGACGUGGAACAAGCUCUUGACAACUUGUUCCCCAAUGGCUGCUAUAAAACAGUGCCAAAAGGUCUUGUAGACGUCAUCAAUCAGCUGGAAGGGUCUAAUCCCCUUGGAAACGGUUCCUUCCUCGAUCAAAUCCGUUAUACGAGUGGUAAUUAAAUUAGUAAAGGUGAUAAUACCUAGUUUCGGAGCAAGUCUGUUCGAGGAACCGCACACAAAACGGUAGGAAUUGUCACAAGGAUUCGCUGUGGUGUUAAGGUUGUUUCUUAUCAUCAAAGC